AUGAUAGUCCGAUUGUCCAGUACUCCGGUGGACGGUGGUGGAAGCCCUUCUCUUGGUGAUUACAGAGUAGAGACCCUUGUUCUCCGGGGAAUAUUCAGGGGAAAUCAAAUGGAGAGCAUCAGUCAACCUAGUUCUGGACCACAACCUUCAACUCAGGAGGGACAAGGACAACCCCAAGGCACUGAGAUACCUCAGCAGCCUCAGGUGACUCCUGUUGUUCCACAGAAAAAGAGAAAAGAGGUUGAGUCCAGAUCCAGGGUGUGGGAGCACUUUGUAAAGAUAUAUGAUAAAGAGAACAAUCUGAUUGAGGGGAGGUGCAUAUAUUGUUCUAAGAUCUUUUGUUGUCAGCCAAAAAAACAUGGCACUUCAUCUUUAAGAAAUCAUAUGGUGGCCUGUCUUAAAAAUCCUCACUCGAAGGAUACAAGGCAGUCACUUCUGACUUUCAAUGCUGUUUCAUCCUCUGCACCAGGGUGUUCUGAAGGGGUAAUGGGGGAAUUAGGCACAUGGGUGUUUAAUCAGGAAACCAUUAGGAGGGCUUUGUGUGAGAUGAUUAUAAUAGAUGAGUUGCCCUUUAGGUUUGUUGAUGGGAUAGGGUUUAGGAGAUUUAUUCUAGUUGCCUGCCCAAGGUUCCAAAUCCCUUCUAGGUGGACAGUUUCAAAGGAUAUUUUCCAAAUAUACCUAGAUGAGAGAUCAGUCCUUAAACAAAUUUUUAAGGGUUGCUCCCAAAGAGUCAGCUUAACCACUGACACAUGGACCUCUGUACAGAGGAUAAACUAUAUGUGCAUUACUGCACAUUUCAUUGAUGAUCAGUGGAAGCUCAACAAAAAAAUCAUAGCCUUUGUCCCUGUUUCAUCUCAUAGGGGAGAGUAUAUAGCCAAGGCCUUGGAGACUUGUCUGGUUCAGUGGGGUAUUAAGAAUGUUUUUACUGUCACAGUUGACAAUGCCUCUUCCAAUGAUACUGCCAUGGGAUUUUUUAAGAGUAAAUUGAUGUCUUGGGGUACCACUUCUGUAAGGUCUAAGUACAUGCACAUGAGGUGUAUAGCCCACAUUCUGAAUCUGGUGGUGCAAGAUGGGUUGAAGUUUGCUGAUACUUCAGUUAAGAGGGUUAGGGAAGCAGUUAGAUGGGUUAGGAACUCCCCUGCAAGGCUAAAAAAAUUUAGAGAUCUUGCUGAACUUAUUGGGGUGGAAGCCAAAUCAGUUUUGCAGUUGGAUGUUCCUACAAGAUGGAAUAGCACAUAUAUGAUGUUGAACACUGCAAUCCAUUUGGUAACUCUGCUAAAAACUUUCUAUGACAUGGCUGUGAGAAUUUCUGGUUCUCUUUAUGUUACAUCUAACACUUUCUUUAGUGAGAUCUGUGAUCUUAGUUGCAUGUUAGAUGACAUGACUGGUAGUGAAUCUGAAUCUGAAUCUGAAAAGUUAACUCAACUUUAUGGUGAUGAGAAAGGCAAAGCCUGUUUUGAGAAGGUCCAAUCUGCACUUCUUGAGCUGUACAAUGAUUAUGCUGCCACUUACUCUGUGGAUGUGAACACUGAACCAGCUGCGGUUGCCCAACCUUCUCAAACUGUCUCUGUGAGUGUGCAGCCUAGUGCUGUAACUGUUGGUAGGCCACAAGGUAAGUUGAAAUCUCAAUUGAAAAGGCAAAGGAUGGAGAGUGGUGGAAGCCUUAAACAGACUGACCUGCAAAUAUAUUUGAGUGAGGCCAUUGUGGAAGAUAAGGUUGAUUUUGAUAUUCUAAAAUGGUGGAAGGUGAACUCUGAAAGACUGCCAAUUCUCUCUAAAAUGGCAAGGGAUAUUCUUGCAGUUCCAAUAUCCACUGAUUGGUUGAGAUUACCAAAUCAACCUAUUCAAAUUGAAGAAAAUAUUGAUGAUUGUGAAAGGCUUGAGAAAGAGUUGCCAACUGGGGUUAGGACUGCUGGAACUUCCCUACCAACCAUUGCAGUAAUGUUCAUUCAUUCUGCUCUCGUGCCCCAGCCCCUUCCACAGUUCCACUUGAUUGAACAUUUGAACAUCAGGUUACAGCUUGACAGGGAUGGAAGAAGAAUUUUGCCAACCUUAAGGAACAAUGAGCAACGUGAAUGGAUCGCCGGAGCUUUGCCGUCUGUCAAAGGCUCCUCGUUGCUGCUCGUGAUGUCUUCUUGCUUUACAGGAUGGAAGCUCACGUCCAGACGGAGACCAGAGCCUGCUGCUCAAUCGUCGACCGCCGGAGUUCGCUCUGACGCGCCGCUGGAAGUUCUCCGCUGGAUGUCGCCGGAGUUCUUUACCAUUGCAGGUCGCAUCACCGGAAAAUUUUGUGUUUGCAGAAAUCGCUGGAGGCCGUCGGAGUUGUUGAAGGUCGCCGAACUUUUAGAAGUCGAUGCCCUCUGUUCAUCUCUGCUUCUCUACUGCUUGGAUUUCGAUGCUACUGGACUUGCCGAUUGUUGA